AUAAUGCAGAUGUUCAUUAUCACUGCCGUACUUCUGUAUGGAUUUGUUUGCAAAAGAAAUGCCGUUAUCAUGGGCCGAAAAACAUGGGACUCGAUUCCAGAAGCUCGUCGGCCCCUGAAAAACCGUGUCAACAUUGUCAUCACUAGCCAAAAACAUAAGUACUUAUAUCAUAUUAAGUAUACAUACACAAUAUACAUGAAGUAUACAUACAUAAUAUAUUACUGA